AUGGGGGUUACCCUAACGUACCCCGGAAUCCACACCGAAGAACAGAUUGCAGCCUGGAAGGAAGUCACGCACGCCGUCCACGAACAGGGUUCUUACAUUUACUUGCAACUGUGGGCGCUUGGACGUGCAGCUAAUCCGCCGUACUUGAAAAGCUCAGGUUACGAUCUGGUGUCAAGUAGUGACGUUCCGAUGAAAAGCACUUUUAGCGAUGAAAUGCAUUACCCUCGGCCUUUAACUGAAAAGGAGAUCCUCGGAGCCGUCGAGGACUUUACAACGGCGGCCGGGAAUGCCAUCGCUGCCGGAUUUGACGGUGUGGAGAUUCACGGAGCAAAUGGCUACCUCGUCGAUCAGUUCAUUCAGGAUGUCUUGAACCGCCGAACCGAUGCCUGGGGCGGCAGUAUCGAAAGGAGAUCCCGGUUUGCUCUCGACGUUACUCGAGCGGUCGCGGAUGCAGUGGGAAAUGAUCGCACAGCGAUUCGAUUAAGCCCGUGGAGUCGAUACCAGGGCAUGCGCAUGUCCGAUCCCAUCCCCCAGUUUGCUGAUCUUGUCGUCAGACUGGCGGACUUCAAGUUGGCCUACCUGCACGCCUGUGAGUCGGAGGCCAAGAAGUCGACUGAUAGCCUUCGAUUUCUACUGGACGCCUACAAAAGAGCAGGGCCCGUCAUCCUCGCCGGCAACUACGAUGGCGAGUCGGCUCGCAAAGUUGUGGAUGAGACCUAUGAAGAUAACGAUUUGUUGGUUGCUUUUGGACGUCCGUACAUUUCCAACCCAGACCUCGUCUAUCGGGUUCAAGAGGGUAUUCCGUUCAGCCCUCUGGAUCCAGCGACCAUGUACGCGCAGACCUCCGAAGGGUAUAUUGACUAUGAGUUCUGCAAGAAGUUUCAAGCAAAGCUGAAGUAG